GUGCUGUUUGCCGCCUCGUCUCUUGCUGAACGUCAGUUUUAUUACGUCAACGAGUUGAAGAACUGGACGGCGGCUCAGAGCGUCUGCAGGGAACAGUUCGUUGACCUGGUGACCUUAAGCAGCUUGGAGAACGUGACGACGCUGGUCGACAUGACCGACGUGAAGAAGAUGGUCGACGGACACGACAAGCAUCGAGCCUGGAUCGGACUGUUGGACGAGCCGAACAACUGGAGCUGGUCGCUGUCCGACCCGAACGUCUUUAAGAACCCCGGAGACUCCGACUUCAGAAACUGGCAGCAAGGACAACCUGACAACAAUCAGAGCCCUGAAGACUGCGUGAGGAUCUACGACGACGGGCUGUGGAACGACUCGCCCUGUGGAAACUACGAAAAGUCUGUGUGCGCUGACGUGAACGGACCGGAUGUAACGUUUGUCCUCGUUGAGCAGUUUUUUCCCUGGGCCGGCGCUCUGGCCAACUGCAGGCAGCAUCACACAGACAUGGCCGUCGCCAGAGACCCGUCAGACAACCAGAAGAUAAAGCAGCUGAUGCCGAUUGGCCAGUACGCCUGGAUCGGGCUGAACAGAAACUCCUUGACCUGGGUGGACAGAACCAGCACCGCGUUCACUCACUGGAGAUCAGGGGAACCGAACAGCCCGGCCGAGAAAUGCACCGUAGCAAACUUUGAUGACUCUGGAAAGUGGGAGGACUGUCCUUGUGACUGGAACUUCCCGUUCUUUUGUUAUGGAGAUAAAGAGCAAAACGUUCUGGUUCCAGUUUCAAAGCUUGUGGUGAAGCUGAAGGUGGUGAAGCCUUCCUCUCUGGACCUGAACGACGCCGCUCUGCUGGAAGACCUGCUGAUGAAGUUUAAGCAGAAGCUGAAGGACGACGGCGUGGAAGGAAACGUCAGACUGAGCUGGAAGGAGCAACCAGAUGGAACAACCUUCCACAAGGAGGGAUGAGGAUGACCUUUAACCUUUAACCUUCAUCUGAAAAGGACUCUCCUCUCAUCGAUGUUUUUGUUUGCUGUUUUGCUCUUUUCUGAUUUUAUGCAGAAACCUUUAAAAAAGUUCCAGUCAUAUGUUUGAGUAAACGUGGAACCACUGGACUGAUUCUCCAACACUCUGUGGUUUGUAAAGUUACAGUCAAAAUUAACUUCAGUUAUUUAUCCUGUCGUAAGAAAAACAGAUGGAGAUUCAUGUUCAAAAGUCAUAUUUUCAUCUUGUUAUUCAUUCAUCUAUAAAUGUCACAAUUUCAGGACACACAUGUAGCUCUAAACUGAAUAUUUAGUUAUAAACUAAGUUUCUUCUUAGCUAGCUAAAUAUUAGUUUGCAUCAUAUUUUUUUUAGCUCCAAACUAGUUAGCAAGCUGGCUAACUAAACAUCUGGUUUGAAGCUAGUGAGUUUGUUAACUAGAUCUUUAGUUUGA